AUGACGACCGGUUGUUGUCAUGUCCGCAGGUACUGUAUGAUAUUCACUCCUUUCACUGGAAAGGAUAAUCAUGGUAGUCCUGUGACAUUUGCGGUCGGGUUGGUGUGCAGCGACAAAACAGGGGCAUUUGCUUGGCUGUUCAGACAUUUUAUAGAUUGUAUGGGUGUAGCACCCAGGAUGAUUGUGACCGAUCAAGAUUUGGGUAUGCGAUCAGCGAUUGAAGAAGUCCUCGUCGGCACGCGUCACCGUUGGUGUAUGUGGCAUAUAAUGCAUAAAUUGGCAGUCAAGGUACCAAACAGAUUAUUGCGGGACGACGAUUUCAAAAAGGAGUUUAACGCUUGUGUUUGGUCGGACCUAUUAGAGCCGGAGGAAUUCGAGGAGGAGUGGAAUAGAUUGGUUGAACAUCAUCAGCUGGAGGACAUCGACUGGUUCAACACACUGUAUGCAUAUAGGAGGUACUGGAUACCGGCGUACUUUAGGGAUUUUCCUAUGGGUUCGAUGAUUAGGACUACGUCCAUAUCUGAAUCAGAGAACAGUUUCUACACAAAUUAUCUGAAGCCCCGAGCAAACAUAGCCGAAUUCUACCUGAGUUUCAACCACGCCAUAGAAUUCCAGCGGAAUAGUAGAACAGCUUUGGACUACCACGAUGCCACGUCCAUACCCAUACUCGCAACUACUCUGCCGUUCGAGAAACAUGCUUCUACAUUGUUUACCGACAGUAUGUUCAGGAAAAUACAAGAAGAAAUAGUCGAAGGUAAUGGCAGAUGUCGUGUGCUGAGUUUUAUGUCAGGAGAAACUGCUGACACAUACAAGCUUGGCGAUAGCAAGCGCAAUGCAUAUUUUGUUCGUCAUGACAAGACGGAUGAUUCUUACUCGUGCGAAUGCAAGCUUUUUGGUCGCCAUGGUUAUUUGUGCAGUCAUAUUUUCUUCCUAUUUCGGAACAAUGAGGUGAAAAAAAUCCCGGAGAAAUAUUGUGAAAGCAGAUGGAUGAAGACGCCCUUAGCCAAGGCUGUACACGGGGAGUUUCAGGAACGCUUGCUUACUCACUCAUCCGCUGACGAUAGGCAAACUGUGUCAAAGAAGGCGAUUUCAAUGUUUUAUGGGUUUCUUAGACAGUUUGAGACCGACAUCGGCGCAUUACGUGCAUUUGUAGCUGGCGUCGAAGAACUUGGCAACUCACUUCAAACUGGUAAUCCGGUAACCUCAGUCGCUGAGAAGAGGCAUAUGGUUGAAGAGUUUUACGGAAUGGCAAGUCCUGAAACUGUUGCAGUGCAUCCUCCCGAUGUUGUGAAGACGAAGGGUCACGCCAGCAGCUCGGCGAGCCGUCUGAUUUCAAAGAGAGACAAGGCUAUAAAGGAUGCGACUAGGCCUCUUAGACGGUGUAAGGGUUGCGAUGAGAUGGGUCAUCACGACUCUAGGAAUUGUCCUGUGCUUAAAGAGAUGAGGAUGGAGAAGGAUGCUCGCAAGGGGAAAAAUCCAGCUUGA